GGCUUUCUUUUUCUUUUCAUACCGCAAUUUGGACAUGCACAGGCAUUGGCACAAACAAGCCCAAAAAGACUGACAGGGAAGAGAAAACAAAAAGAAAAGCGAACUGACCUUUCAGUUGGGAGUGAGGCUGUCCAGCGAAUAUCACUUGCUGUGAAUUUCUCCGCUCGCCAUCGGUAACCUCUCUUUUCUUACUCCUCCUUCGCUUGAAUGUGGGUUUCGUUUUCAUCAAUUGGGUUUAUGAAGCAGUAUUAUUAAUAUUGGUGGGUGAAAAUGGAGAAGGGUGGAAAAGGAUUUUCACUGCCUGGAAAAGGACUCAAAUCCUCUCUUAAGUCUAUUACUCCUGCAUCAACAAAAGGAAAAGAUGAUACCUCUGCUAAGUCUAAGAGGGGAAAGAAAGUUCAGUUUAAUUCUCAAGUAUUUGUAGGUGUCAACGACAAAUUUAAUUUCUUACCAAAAUCUGAUGGGAAGUUUGUUGCAGCCACUAAAGGUAACAUGAGCAAGGGGGGUAAAGGAGACAAGGUUUCAAAUGGUGUGAAGAUUUCCUCAACGAAAGAACCACAACCGCUUGAACUGAAAAUUGAGCAGGACCUUCCAAAGAAUGCCAAAUGUCUGAUGGACUGUGAGGCUGCCCAAGUCUUACAAGGAAUCCAGGAGCAAAUGGUUCUACUAUCUCGAGAUCCUACAAUCAAGCUUCCCGUGUCGUUUGACAGGGCACUGCAGCAUGCAAGGACUGGUGCCCGUUUUACAAAUCCCCAAUCUGUUAGACGAAUCCUUGAGGGCCUCAAGAAACAUGGUGUCUCUGAAGGGGAGAUAUGUACGAUAGCUAAUGUUUGUCCAGAUGGUGUUGAUGAAGUCUUUGCCCUUGUCCCAUCCUUGAAGUCUAAGAAGAAUGUGCUUAGGGAACCCCUCAAAGAUAUUCUUGGUCAGCUAUCUGAGCUGAAACAGCAGGCGUAAUUCCUAUCUUGGAGGGAUACUUGAUUGUGCCUUACUUGUGGACAGAGCUUGUGCAUUCUACACUCACAAGAUGAAAGCAAUAGUCAAUCCUUUUAUCAUAUGUUUAAAUGGUGGUUGGCACUUGUAAAAACACCCUGAAACUCCUGCUUUUCCUUGUACUUUUGAAGUGGCGCAAUUUGUGUAUCUUCUCACUUUGCAGUGAAAGGAAAAUGAAUCUCAUUUGUUAAUA